ACAGUACGGGGGAGUGGGAAGAUGGCGGCGUCGCGUCGCUCUCAGCAUCAUCACCACCAUCAUCAGCCACAGCUCCAGCCCGCCCCAGGGGCUUCGGCUCCGCCACCGCCACCUCCCCCGCCGCUCAGCCCGGGCUUGGCCCCGGGACCCACCCCCGCCUCGCCCACGGCCGGCGGCCUGGCGCCCUUCGCCUCCCCGCGGCACGGCCUGGCGCUGCCGGAGGGGGAUGGCAGCCGGGACCCGCCCGACAGGCCGCGAUCUCCCGACCCGGUGGACGGCGCCGUCUGCACGGUGGCUGCUCCGGCCGCGGUCCCGGCAGCUUCCGCCGCCGUCGGGGUCGCUCCCAGCCCAGCCGGCGGCGGCGGCGGGAACAACUCCGCGUCGUCCGCUUCUUCCCCGACUUCGUCUUCGUCUUCCUCCCCGUCGUCCCCCGGCUCCAGCUUAGCGGAGAGUCCCGAGGCGGCCGGAGUCGGCUCCACGGCCACUUUGGGAGCCGGGGCGGCGGGCCUCGGCUCGGGGGUCCCAGCCGUGAGUGGGGCCCUGCGGGAGCUGCUGGAGGCCUGCCGGAAUGGGGACGUGUCCCGGGUGAAGAGGUUGGUGGACGCCGCGAACGUGAACGCCAAGGACAUGGCCGGCCGAAAGUCUUCCCCCUUGCACUUCGCAGCAGGUUUUGGAAGGAAGGAUGUUGUAGAACACUUGCUGCAGAUGGGUGCUAACGUCCAUGCCCGUGAUGAUGGGGGUCUCAUCCCACUUCAUAAUGCCUGCUCUUUCGGCCAUGCUGAGGUUGUGAGUCUGUUACUGUGUCAAGGUGCAGAUCCGAAUGCCAGAGAUAACUGGAACUAUACACCUCUGCAUGAAGCUGCCAUUAAAGGGAAAAUUGAUGUCUGUAUUGUGCUGCUGCAGCACGGAGCCGAUCCAAACAUCCGGAACACCGAUGGGAAAUCGGCUCUGGACCUGGCAGAUCCUUCAGCAAAGGCUGUCCUCACAGGUGAAUACAAAAAGGACGAACUCCUAGAAGCCGCUAGGAGUGGUAAUGAAGAAAAACUAAUGGCUUUACUGACUCCUCUAAAUGUGAAUUGCCAUGCAAGCGAUGGACGAAAGUCUACUCCGUUACACCUGGCAGCAGGCUACAACAGAGUUCGGAUAGUUCAGCUGCUUCUACAGCACGGUGCUGAUGUCCAUGCGAAAGACAAAGGUGGACUUGUACCUCUUCAUAAUGCAUGCUCAUAUGGACACUAUGAGGUCACAGAACUGCUGCUAAAGCAUGGAGCUUGCGUCAACGCUAUGGAUCUGUGGCAGUUCACACCACUGCAUGAAGCUGCUUCCAAGAACCGGGUAGAAGUCUGUUCUCUGUUACUUAGUCACGGUGCCGAUCCAACCUUGGUCAAUUGCCAUGGCAAAAGUGCUGUCGAUAUGGCUCCAACUCCUGAGCUCCGGGAAAGACUGACAUAUGAAUUUAAAGGCCAUUCUUUACUCCAAGCCGCCAGAGAAGCAGACCUGGCCAAAGUUAAAAAAACACUUGCUUUGGAAAUCAUUAACUUCAAGCAGCCACAGUCCCAUGAAACUGCAUUGCACUGUGCUGUGGCCUCCUUGCAUCCCAAACGAAAGCAGGUGGCAGAGCUGUUGCUGAGGAAGGGAGCCAAUGUCAACGAAAAGAACAAGGAUUUCAUGACCCCUCUGCAUGUUGCAGCUGAAAGAGCUCAUAAUGACGUCAUGGAAGUUCUGCAUAAGCAUGGAGCAAAGAUGAAUGCACUGGAUAGUCUUGGUCAGACUGCUUUGCACAGAGCUGCCUUAGCGGGCCACCUGCAGACCUGCCGCCUCCUGCUGAGUUAUGGCUCUGAUCCUUCCAUCAUCUCCCUGCAAGGCUUCACAGCAGCACAGAUGGGGAAUGAAGCAGUGCAACAGAUUCUCAGCGAGAGUACUCCUAUCCGCACUUCGGACGUGGACUAUCGUCUCUUAGAGGCAUCGAAAGCUGGGGACUUGGAAACUGUGAAGCAACUCUGCAGCCCGCAGAAUGUGAACUGCAGAGACCUGGAGGGCCGGCAUUCUACACCCUUACACUUCGCUGCAGGCUAUAACCGUGUGUCUGUCGUUGAGUACCUUCUACAUCAUGGAGCUGACGUCCAUGCCAAAGAUAAAGGCGGCUUGGUCCCCCUUCAUAAUGCUUGCUCCUAUGGACACUAUGAGGUUGCCGAACUCUUGGUGAGGCACGGGGCCUCUGUCAAUGUGGCCGACUUGUGGAAAUUCACUCCACUCCACGAAGCGGCAGCCAAGGGAAAGUACGAAAUCUGCAAACUUCUUCUAAAACAUGGAGCAGAUCCAACUAAAAAGAACAGAGAUGGGAAUACGCCCCUAGAUCUGGUCAAAGAAGGAGACACAGAUAUUCAGGACCUACUGAGGGGCGAUGCUGCCCUGUUGGACGCUGCCAAGAAGGGCUGCCUGGCCAGAGUGCAGAAGCUUUGUACUCCAGAGAAUAUCAACUGCCGAGACACCCAGGGCAGAAAUUCAACUCCUCUCCACCUGGCAGCAGGCUACAAUAACCUGGAAGUAGCCGAGUACCUUCUAGAGCACGGAGCUGAUGUCAAUGCCCAGGACAAAGGAGGGCUAAUCCCGCUUCACAACGCCGCGUCUUAUGGGCAUGUUGACAUAGCAGCGUUACUGAUAAAGUACAACACAUGUGUAAACGCAACGGAUAAGUGGGCCUUUACUCCCCUUCAUGAAGCUGCCCAGAAAGGAAGGACGCAGUUAUGUGCCCUGCUUCUAGCACAUGGUGCAGACCCAACCAUGAAGAACCAGGAAGGUCAGACACCUUUAGAUCUGGCGACGGCUGAUGACAUCCGGGCUCUGCUGAUAGAUGCCAUGCCCCCCGAGGCCUUACCUACCUGUUUUAAACCUCAGGCAACCGUAGUUAGUGCCUCUCUGAUCUCACCAGCGUCCACCCCCUCCUGCCUCUCUGCUGCCAGCAGCAUAGAUAACCUCACUGGCCCAUUAGCGGAUCUGGCUGUAGGAGGGGCCUCCAAUGCAGGGGAUGGUGCUGCAGGUGCAGAGAGGAAGGAAGGAGAAGUUGCGGGUCUUGACAUGAACAUCAGCCAGUUCCUUAAGAGCCUUGGCCUUGAGCACCUAAGGGACAUUUUUGAAACAGAGCAGAUUACACUAGAUGUGUUGGCUGAUAUGGGUCAUGAAGAAUUGAAAGAAAUAGGCAUCAAUGCAUAUGGACACCGCCACAAGUUGAUCAAGGGUGUUGAAAGACUUUUAGGUGGACAACAAGGAACCAAUCCGUAUUUGACUUUUCACUGUGUGAAUCAGGGGACUAUUUUGCUAGAUCUUGCUCCAGAAGAUAAAGAAUAUCAAUCAGUAGAAGAAGAGAUGCAGAGCACUAUUCGAGAGCACAGAGACGGCGGGAACGCUGGGGGCAUCUUCAACAGAUACAAUGUCAUUCGAAUUCAGAAAGUUGUGAACAAGAAGCUGAGGGAGAGAUUCUGCCACAGACAAAAGGAGGUGUCUGAGGAGAACCACAACCAUCACAAUGAACGCAUGCUGUUCCACGGUUCUCCUUUCAUUAAUGCAAUUAUUCAUAAAGGGUUUGAUGAGCGACAUGCAUACAUUGGAGGGAUGUUUGGAGCAGGAAUUUACUUUGCUGAAAACUCCUCAAAAAGCAAUCAGUAUGUUUAUGGAAUCGGAGGAGGAACAGGCUGUCCCACACACAAAGACAGAUCAUGUUAUAUAUGUCACAGACAAAUGCUUUUCUGUAGAGUGACCCUUGGAAAGUCUUUCCUGCAAUUCAGCACCAUGAAAAUGGCCCAUGCACCCCCAGGCCAUCACUCGGUUAUCGGUAGACCAAGUGUCAAUGGGCUGGCAUAUGCUGAAUAUGUCAUCUACAGAGGGGAACAGGCAUAUCCAGAAUAUCUCAUCACCUACCAGAUCAUGAAACCGGAAGCCCCUUCACAGACCGCAACGGCAGCAGAGCAGAAGACCUAGUGAUCACCCCUGGUAAAGGCCAGAGUGAUUCAAACCUGCAACUGGAGUACAGUGAAUUGCUUCCAACAAAAGAAAAAAAUCAAUAUUCUCUAAAUCCCAACAGCCAAGAACUAAGCCGUCUGUGUUUUAUAAAGCAUUGCUAGAGUGACGGCGCAGAGUGGGUCCCAGGCACACUCACCUGCCCUGGUCCCUUUGAGGAAGUGGCUGCCGGGCGGUCUUGAACAUGUCUCAGGCCAUUUUUAUUGCAGUUAUCCAUUUCUGAAGCAAGACGCUUUGCUCGGGAUGUAGAACUGGGAAAGAGAAUGUGCUGGCGUGCUCACCCGGUCUUGGUUCAUACACUACAUUUUCUUUGUUGUGUUUGGCAUAUGUAUAACACACACAUGUGGUGGGCUCAUUUUUUAAUUUUGCCAAACGUAUUUGUUGAUGCUUGUUGUUGUCGUUGUUGUUACUUUGAAAAUGAGCCAGAGUCUUCCUGGGAUAUUUUGCACAGAGUCACACUGACUAAAAUCAUUAGCAAUGCAGCUGAGCAAGACACUGUUCCCAUGUCCCUGUUGUUCGAUUUUGUAUCUCUGCUUCUUGUGAACAUAAAGGAAAAACAGCAAUAUUUAGUUUCCUUUUAUAAGCUGCCCCAUCUUUCCAUCUUAAAAGGAAGGGCACAAACAUGUCUUUGACCCGAAGAGCCAGAGCCCGGAGGACCGUUCGCUCUCUGCUGUCCGCAGGGCUCUCAGGACCAUGCUGCAGAUGUCAAGAGCACCAGGAAAGGUUUAAUGGAGGCGGUUAGAACUUUGCUUCCCUGUGGAAUGGCUAGAGUGCUGGGAGGGGGGAGCCCAGGGCUCUGGCUGCAGCCAGCGGACCCAGGGAUGUCUCAGCAAAUGCUUCUCACUCUGCACCACCAGAAUUGUCUCCCCUGGCGCUACCUGUACUUCCAGAGUCAGGGUCCCAGCGUUCUCCUCGCCUCUCCCUUUAGUUUAGAAAGCCAGGAUUCAAGCCCUGCGUGAUAAAUAUGCACAAAUGCAAGGACGAUUUCUUUACUCCUGAUCUGGCCUUUAUUUUGGGUAGUAUUCGUCAAAUACUUUAGAAAGAUUCCUUCUCUCAGUUUUUUGAACCAUUUCUUCAGAGUUCUUAAUAUAGUUAGACAAAGAAAACAGAAGUUGAAACCAAAGGCAGUUUGACCUAUUUUUUUAGACGCCACUGAUAGAGAAACAUUUCUUUGUGGAAGUGCUGCUUGUAAUGGCAUUCGCCACGUGCACGCCACCGAGCAGAGCCACGCUUCCUUCUGCCCUGAGGACCUUAACUGAGUACUGAAUUGAGUGCAUUGCUCUGUUUAGGUUCUGCUCAGUUCUGGAGCAGAAGUCACAUAAACAGGGAAACUAUGUGACACACGUAACCAUUUCAUUCGGAAGGCUGAAAACAAUUCUUUUAACUUUUUUUUAAUGCAAGCAUAUUAAAACUGUGACCAUCUUUGUUUCUCUGGUUCUUGAAAUACACAUUUCUCUCUAUUAAAUUUUUGUUAGCUUAAGCCCAGUGCUAGGACUAGGCAUCCAGUCGAGUGUGAAUAUUAUAUCUUGAAUGAGUUCCUCAAAAUGAAGUCAAGAAUUAGCCUCAGCUUUCUCUUCUGUUGAAUUUUCAGUGGCCUGAGCUAGGAGCUUGUGGUUUUGACUGCACGUUUAAUAGCAGCUAGAGUACCACACAGAACUUCACACUGGGGUGUUGGCUCGAGAGCGCUUCUCCUUCCCGCUUUUGUCCUUUCUGUUAACAAAGGGUUGAAGAAAUUGGCAUCUGUGUAGUUGUAGUAGCUAUAAUUGUAUGUUAUUUGGCCCAACCAAAAUUAGUUUAAAAUGCUAACCACAGCUGUGAUUUUGAUUUAGUAACGAGUUCCUAUGGUAUAGUAAAACAUAAACUCAACCAUGAGCCUCUGACUGACGUAUCACCUCCAUCAACCAGCUAGAUUAACCUGGGCCUUACCUUGAGGAGUCUAUCUUGGUUCCCUAAACCACCAGGGCUGUGUGUCUCAUGUUCUGAGCUGAGAAGAGACACUGUGUAAGGAAGCCUGCUCUGGUGCUGGUGAUCUCAUGGUGACCCGCCUAUGACAAAAUGCACAUAAACAAGCUGUUUAAAAAGAAUCAGCCCUGAAAAAAUAAAUAACAAAUAAAUAGUCCAUAGAGCUAAUAGAUAUUUUCAGGACUUGAAAACCAAAGGUAUCGUGAGUGUAUUCAAGUUGGCAAAAAGGUGAUUGUUUAGGAUUUCUUUGUAUAGCAACAUAGACUAUAGAAGAGCCCUCUGGAGUAGACAAGCAUGGCAUUCAGCUGACAGCUGUUUACGUUCUUGUAUGUGCAUUAUUCUUCAAGGCCUUUCUCAGAGACCCCACGGUGCCACUUACCCGCUUUGGCCAGCUUGGAGACUUAACUCAGGCAUAAACUUAACUCUGGGCACGUCUGCCUGUACCUUUGCCUCUCCCCAGAUUGCAAGCCUAGUCUUAGAAGAGUGCUCCUGGCUUGCCCCUUUCACCUUUCCUUUCUUCAUCACGAGUCUUCUGUAUCCAGGUGUCCCUUAUCUUCAUAUCAGAAUGGAUCGGGGUUUGGUCCUCGUGUACUUUCUGCUCUGAAGUCUGCCAGUUUGCUAACAAAUGGCAGCAUGGAACCCAGUGUUGUCGGUUCUAUGCAAAAACACAGUGGCAGGGCAGUCUGGAUUCUAACUCUGCUUUUCCUCCCUCGCGGUUAGAACUCUGAGCAGGCUGAGUAACAGCACUAACCUCGCCUCAUGAAGGCAGCGGGCGCCUCUGAGCUCCACACUUCUGACUGCACUCGUUUCUCUUGGCUGUUGGAAUAGUGAAGGGCAUUUGGAAUGUAUAGAGAAAUACUUGAAUAUGGCAAGCUAAUAAGCAUACAUUAACAUCUUACUAUCCUAGAUAUUAUUACAAGCAGAUAUUAACAUUUGGCUAGUGCAGAAAACAGCAUCAGAAAUAAUGAAUGCCCCGAUUUUCUUCUGCCGCAGUAUAUUCCCAGUUGCAUGAAGGGUGCUUCGGCAUUGUUCCCUCUCCCCUUUUAAACAGUCAUCGUCUGAAUUCCUGAAAAUGGCCUUGUAAACCAACAUGUGUAUUUGUAAGCACAUCUCGCUGUCCUGUCUCUUCACCCAUGCAUCCAGACCUCACGUGUGUGCCAGCCUUCGUCCUGUGUUUCUGUUGGGCCCAUCAUCUUGCACAGGGUUUCAGACUAUAGAGUCACUCAGCAAAUAUUCAGAAAUGACAUUAGAAUGGAUGUUUUCAUGGAUCAGAAAGUUGAAGACUGGCCUCUGGUGUUAAGGCCGUGACACAGAAAUGAGGGUGAUUGUGACAGUAAUAUUCAAACAACUACUGACUCCACCUAGUGCAUGAAAAGAUCACUUAAAAAAUACCAUGAAGCUGUUUCAGCCAACUUAAGCGUUCUACAGUUAAUAGACAAUUAUGGUUUUCCUGUUUAAAAAAGCCUUAUCUAUGGCAGAAACUUUUUAACCUUUUCUAAUCUAGUAGUGAAAUAUGAAUCCACUUCUUAAUAUUUGAAAUGUGUCAGUGAGUGGGCGUGUCUGUUCAUUUCAUACCUGGUAAGUGUGUUUUAUGGGGUAUAUUUUAUAAGUAAUAUUGUCACAUUUAGUGGAGUUGAUGUAGCCAGUCAGUUCGUUUCUCUCACGCAAAGCUCUUCAGCCUCCAGGUCACCUGGUUUGGAGUAACACUGGUGGGAUCGCCGAACUUGUGCGCGGAAGCCAUAGUGUGUGACACUGUGUAGAGUUUGAGUGCUGUGGAAGUUGUUUUUAAAUCAUUUUAAAGUUAUACUAUGACACAUGAAACUUAAAACUUGUUGGAAGCUGAAGAUUUUAUAUCUUCUGUAAGAUCCAGUAUAGUCAGGUUGUGUGGCCAGUUUUAUACUUGUACCAGAGUUCUGCAAAAUUGAGGUGCCACUCACCCCAUAAAGACACUCACCCUAUAGAGGUAGUUGUCACGCACACACACACACACACACACACACACACACACACACACUGUACACUUCCUAGCUCCUCUCCCCUCCACCUUCCUUUCAGAGUUUUUUCUCAUUUUUGAGAAUUCUUCUGCUAUCCUUCUCAAGUGGCUCUGAAUGUCCUUUGUUAGCUCAGUUUAGUGAUGGGUUAUCCCUGGACCCCUCUCGGUGUGCAGGAAGAAAAACUAGGAAAUGCCACAGUAAAAGAAAGGAAGAGACGGAGGGUUUUAAAGCUCAUAGCUUAGACCGAGAAGGUGACCGUGCGGAGUAGUAAAUAAAUUCACUACACAGAACACUGAGACUUGUCAUGUUCUCGUAAUGCCUGCUUCUGUCCCUCCCAAUGUUUUAAGCUCAUCUUAUCUUUGUGGUAGUAAUAUUUGUCCUUAAUACCUACAAAACUAAAAAGGUACUUUGAUUGACAAGGUCUCUCAAGAACUUACAAACCCAACUUUGAGGAAAUCUAGACUGUUCUGACAAGAACAUCUGGAGUUGUCAUUUUCUCCCUGUAACGUCUCAGUCUGUGUAAAUAACCAGUGUAGUGGCCUUUUGGUUUGUUGUUAGUGCUCUUUUUGUCUCUGUGUGACCCACCAGUGGCAGGGGUUCCAGCUCCACCUUUUUUUUUUUUUUUUCUUUUUUCUUUUUGAGUUUGUCCAUCUGUAGGCUUGUCAGACAAAGUACAAGAUGCCCAGUUAGAUUUGAAUUUCAGGCAGUUUUCUAGCUCGAGUAUAUUUCAUAUUUGACAUAUCUGUGCAGUUUUUAAAAUGUUCAUUAACUUAUCUCAAAUUCAGAUUUUGACUGAAUAUUCUAGAUUUUUGUUUUCUAUGUUUUUUAAAACCUGAUAGUCCUAGCAAUGGGAUCACAAAAGGAGGCUCACAGCAUGUAAAUUCUCUGGUCUUUAUAGCAUUCACCUGGAUUGCAAGAUCUCCCCAUCCCCUGCCUUCUACUUAUUUCUAAAAGGGGGCAUCAAGGAACUUAACCAGCCUACAUGGUGGGGUUCUAUUUAAAACAUCUCUGUGAUUAUAUUUAACCUGUAAUUGUGCUUUGGCUUAAUGUCUACAGUACUUGUAACGAAUUAAUAUUCAAUAAAAACAUUUUAAAGUACA